CGCAAAUUGCGAAGCCAGCAAAAUGUAAAACCAUAUAAAAUAGCAAUAAAUUCAUAUGAAAUAAAUAUUAUUGCUGAAGUUGCAAAUAAGCAGGCACAUGCGAAGAGUGCGACGAAGUGCAAACAAAUUACACAUAAAGAGUUCAAUAAAUUAAAUUAAACAAGCUUACUUAAUACUUGCGUGAAUUCCUCGCUAAAUAUUCACCAAAAAUAAAAAAAUGUGGACGCGCUGCCUGCUGCUUACAGUCUUCGCACAGUGUUUGUGGUCCAACGUGGCUGCGGUCAAAUACGACAAUGCGUACAGCAGCGCUGAAGCGGUUGCCGCACCGCCUGCCGUCACCUCGCUACAAUGGACCGGUGGACAGUUCGAGUUUCCCGGCUCCUCACGUUCGCUUUUCCGCAGUUCGGGCAAGUACAUCUCGAAGAAUGUGAUUGCGACUCGUGCGCAAAUAGUGGGUGACACGGUGUUUUUGGCAUUACCACGUUACAAACACGGUGUACCGGCGACGCUUGUGAAAACCACACUUAAACCGGGCGCAUGUCAAGCCACUUUUUCACCAUUUCCUUGCUGGGAUAUGCAGGAUGAUAGUACUUGCAAAGGUUUCCAGUCAGUAGUUGACUUGGUGGUGGACCAAAAUGAGGUGCUCUGGGUGUUAGACACCGGCAUUGUGAAUACACUCGAGACGCCGGAACGCAAAUGUACCGCCAAAGUGGUGGCGCUCUCAGUGAAGACGGGCAAAGUGUUGAAAUCCAUUUCAUUGGAGGGUCUAACAUCACCGAACUCGCGUUUACAAUAUGUCGUGGUGGACUAUGCACCUGACGGCAGCUGCUUCGUCUAUGUCAGUGAUGCAGCGAAUCGUGCCAUCAUCGUUUAUAAUCUACAAGCCGAUCGUGGCUUCCGUGUGGUGCUGCCGAAGGCGGUAGCUUCUGGUUGCAGAGCGCGUGAUGUGCUCUAUAUUGCGCUAAUACGCAAACAUUGUGGCACAACGGAGCUGUACUUCACCUACUUGAGCACGAACCGACUCUUCUCGCUACAAUCGGAGUAUUUGCGCAGUGGCGUGGCCGAUGGUCGCAUACUGGAUUUGGGCAAGAAGCCUUCGCGCAUGGUUAUUAUCGGCACUGAUAACGGCUCGGCAAUUUUCUUCCGCAAUGAAGGCGACGCAGAGGUCUAUCGCUGGGACACAUCCACUGCAUUUACGGAGACGAACUUUAAGCCUGUCUACCGUAGUGACACCUGUCAACUGGCAACGCAUGCUGUGCCCGACUACAAGCGCAAUACGAUGCGUGUGCUGCAGAGCAAUUUCCCGGAUUAUAUGCAGAAUCGUGUGGGUUGCGGUGCAAUACAGCAAUUAUCCGUUAUGCAAGGUUGUUGGUAAGGCAGCUUUCUGCAGAAAGAGUAGGAAAUUAAAAAUUAUAUUUAAAUUACUGCAAUUAGUUGAUGAGGUUGAGAGUGGUAGUGUCGGAUAAUGUUAAAAGCUUGAGUUUAUGAAGAAAUCUCCGUUUAAGAAAUAUCCGGCUUAAGGA